UGAAGGGGUUGUGGCUUUCAAUUCUCUCUCUCUCUCUCUUUGCAUGCACCCACUAUAACCCAAAACCCAACUGGCAAUUUUGAUACAUUGGAAUAGAUAGCCUGAAUUGGGAGAGUGAGGACAAAAUUAGUUUACGAUUCGACCCUGAUUCUUUUGAUUUUUUGCCCCCCACACCCUCUCUACACUAUCUCUUCCUUGCUUACUUAGGCUUCACUUGUAUGUUUUCAAAAGAAAGCCAACUUCAUUUCUUGUUUCUUUAAAGAAAAAUAGCUAGCAAGCUAAGAGCAAAAAUGAAUGCAUUUGCCUCAGAAUGCACUAGUGGCUGUGAAUCUGGCUGGACUCUUUACUUAGAACAAUCUUUUCUUCCUCCAGCUACUGCUGCUGCUGCACAUGGAGGUUCCAGGCCAGUUGAUGGUGGAAAGAGCAGUUCUGGUUUCUGGGAUAAAGAGAAAAUUUGUAAUAAAGAAGAAAGUGAUGAAGAGAAAGAGCAUGACGAUGAGGAGGAUUUGUCUAUGAUAUCUGAUGCAUCUUCUGGGCCUCCUCAUCAUUUCCAUGAAGAGGACAAUUAUGACAAUAAUGGCUACUAUUUUCCUGUAUUUAAGGAUACUACAUUGAUUAAUAAUGGUGGGAAAAGAAGUAAAGAGCAAGUUCCUUCUUUUCUUGAUGAUACUGCGAGCUCUCCAGCUUUCAACUUGUCCAAGAAUAAUAAUUUUUCUUUCAUGCCAAACAAUCAAGCUUCAGUGGAGAGAACAUUGGAUUAUUCACAAGCUGCUGCUUUUUCAGCUACUCAUUUUGAGGGGAGAUCUGCAUACCAAGACCACUUUGGAAAUUAUAUACAGCCUUCUCUAUCUGGAAAUCAACUUCAAAAUAACCAGUUAAGUAUUGUUUCAUUUAACUAAUUUAUUAAUACUUUUCCUUCAUCUUUCUUUUCUUGGAAAAUAUAUGGAUAAACUGAGAGAAAGCUUCAAUAUAUUCUCAGGUGGUUUUAAGUGGAAGAGGAUGAUGAAUAAGAUGAUUUGCUUUAAGUUCCUGCCUUUGCAGAUUGUGGCUAUUGAAGUUGUCUUGCAAAGCAAAAAUGGUGAUAGAGAAGAGAAAAUUCUAUUUCUUUUUCUUUCUCUUUUCUAGUUUUUCUUUUUUUCCUGUCAAUGCUAUGGGAAGCAAACUCAGAGAGGAAGAAAAAAAAAAGUCUGGAAAUAAAUUUCUUGUCAAAAUUUUAUUUAUUUAUCUUGUUAAUGAAUAGUGGUUACAAAUGGGCUAUGUCCUUUAGCUA